AUUAUGGGACGUUUCUCAAUAACAAGAAGUCAGGAAACGUUAUUAUUACAUGCACAAUUAUAUAGAUGAUGCUUAUUUCCUAGCUUCUUCAUUGUCCUAGCUAGCUAGCUUUUUGCUUUCCUUAUUUGCUCCCUCUUGCAAUGGGGUACCCCCUCAAUCUUCUUCAUCUUCUCUUCUCUGGGCUUCUCCUCCUUCCAUUCCACACUUGUGCUAAAAACAAUAAUAAUAAUGCUACUAUAGGUGUUGGCAGCACCCUUACAGCAACUACUACAGCCACCACCAAACCAUGGGUCUCAUCACCUUCUGGCGAUUUUGCAUUUGGAUUCCGGCAGCUUCAAGCCACUGCAGAUGAGUUCUUGCUAUGCAUAUGGUAUGCCAAUCUACAUGAGCGUACCAUUGUUUGGCUGGCUAAUACUUCUACUGCUGCUCCGGCAGGAUCAACUGUGGGGCUUGAAGCUGAUUCUGGGCUGAUUCUCCGUGACCCUCAAGGCAACAAGCUAUGGAUGCCUGAUGGCUUAAGUGAAUUUAGUCAAGUUGAUCAUGGGUUUCUGAAUGAUACCGGAAACCUUGUCCUUGUGGGAAGGGAUUCUAGAGUGGUGUGGGAUACCUUUGCCCAUCCAACUGAUACUUUGUUGCCCACACAGGAGAUGGCCAUUGGCACCAUGCUCGCCUCUCGACGCUCCGAAGCCAAUUUCUCUCAAGGAAGAUUCUACCUUCAGAUGCAAGAUGAUGGGAAUUUGGUGCUUUUAACCAAAACCCUUCCCCAAAAUUCGUUUACUGAUAGAAAGUACUACAGCAGCCAGACUUCUGAUCCUGCAAACAAGACAAAUUCUGGGUUGAAACUGAUAUUUAGUUCAGAUGGUUCAUUACUUAUACUCAAAAGAAGCAACGCCACGAAAGAACUCUCCCCGCCCCGCUCCAGCUCCCCUGAUCUUUAUCUCAGACUCACUCUAGACUUUGAUGGAGUGCUCAGCCUGUAUCGCAUUCCAAAGAAUAAUAAUAAUUCUGCCGGGGGUAACCAAACCUGGACCUCUAUAUGGUCCCAACCGGACAAUAUUUGUUAUGCAAUGUAUUUUGGAAAUGAUAAUUUAGGCGGUGGAGCUUGUGGCUAUAACAGCGUGUGCUCGGUUGAUGCUAACAAGAGACCAUCCUGUGAGUGCCCUCCACAUUAUUCACUCCUUGAUCCAAGUGAUAAAUAUGGAAGUUGCAAGCCGGAUUUCGUUCCGCCUACCUGUGAUGAACCCCCAGCUGCAGGGAAGGAGAAGGUUUCAUAUGAUCUUAUUGAGGUACCUGAUACGGAUUGGCUGGCUAAUGACAUGGAAGGCAUUAAUCCUACUACUAAAGAAGAGUGCAAAAUGGCUUGUCUGAAUGAUUGUUUAUGCGAGGCUGCUGUGUUUGCAAAGAAUGGGUGCUGGAAGAAGAGGCUGCCAAUGUCUAAUGGCGUCAGAGACACCAGUAGAGAUCUAACAGGUUUCAUCAAAGUAAGGAAAGCAGAUUUUGUUCCUCCUUUGAAAGAGUUUCCAGCAGAGAAGAAGGAUCAAAGAGCUUUGAUCCUUGCAGGUUCAGUCCUCUUGGGUACCUCUGUGUUCAUCAAUUUUCUUCUCAUCACUGCAGCCUGUUUGGGGUUCUUCUUCAUUUACAAGCCCAAAAUCAAGAAACUUACACCUACAAACACCUCAUCAGUGCAAUCAAAUCUGUGUCACUUCUCCUAUAAGGAGCUUGUUGAAGCUACAAAUGGGUUCAAGGAAGAACUAGGCAGAGGUGCUUCUGCAAUUGUAUAUAAAGGGGAAAUAAUAAUGUUAGUGGAUUCCAGAAACAUUGUUGCAGUGAAGAAGUUAGAUCGAGUAGCUCAUGAUUCAGGAACGGAGUUCAUGUCCGAGGUAACUGCGAUUGGCCAAACGCACCACAAACAUUUGGUUCGGCUACUUGGCUACUGCAAUGAGGAACAACAUCAAAUCCUGGUUUAUGAGUACAUGAGCAAUGGCACUCUAGCAAGCUUCCUUUUUGGCGAUCUGACACCCAGUUGGAGCCAGAGAAUCAAGAUCGCCCUAGGCAUAGCUCGCGGCCUCACUUACCUACACGAAGAGUGUAGCACUCAAAUCAUUCAUUGUGAUAUCAAACCUCAGAAUAUACUUCUUGAUGAUUACUACAAUGCCCGAAUCUCAGAUUUCGGGUUGGCAAAACUUCUGAGAAUGAAUGAGAGUCGAACCCAAACUAACAUUCGGGGGACAAAAGGUUAUGUUGCUCCCGAAUGGUUCAGAAACAAUAAGGUUACUGCAAAAGUAGAUGUGUACAGUUUUGGUGUGUUGCUUAUGGAAAUCAUAACAUGCAGGAGAAAUGUGGAGGAUGUAGAAAGAUGGGGAGGAGAUAAAGCCAUUCUUACUGAUUGGGUCACAGAUUGCUUUCUGGAGAAGAGAUUGGGUUUAUUAGUUGAAAAUGAUGAGGAAGCCUUGAAUGAUAGGGAGAACCUGGAAAAAUUUGUAAUGAUCUCUAUUUGGUGCAUUCAAGAAGACUCUUCUCUGAGACCAACCAUGAGAAAGGUUAGUCAAAUGCUGGAAGGUGUUGUUCAAGUUCCUGUUCCCCCAAAUCCAAAUCCUUUUACUGUUUCUUGCCCGAAAUCCCUUGCCCUGGCCCCCACAUCCUAGCCCGACAAGAUUUGUGGAGGUUGUAAAUUAUGGUGACUCAGUGAUUUAUUAGAUAUGAGGAUCGUGUCUGGUGAUCACUAGUUAGUUCUGUUUCUUCAUUAGUAUAACUCUUCUAAUUAUAUUGUGUUGUAUCUUUUAUGUGACACUGCAUUUGGUCUUCUUGGUUAAUAA